UGAUUAUUUUAUACUUUUAGAUGAUAUGAAGGCAUGAAAAUGUCUGAAAAAAUGUAGAUGAAUUGAGUUCAAAACGUCAAGACUGUAUGCCGUUGACAAAGGGAGCAUAUUCGAUACAUUCUUACCAAACCCCUCUUCACAACAACAUCAGAUUUCUUCCGCCAUUUUGAAGGCGCCAUCUUCCAACAGCUGAUUGCAACCGAACCAAACCAAACCAAAGAUGGGGCCACCCAAGGACAGGCUUGCAGCCAUGCAGGCCAACACUUAUUUCGACGACGAUGAUUCGUUUAAUAUCCCGGUGGACGAGGAGACGGAGGGGCACAUGAAGGAGUUCUUCAAGGAGGUUGAGGAGAUGAGGGAUCUAGCGGAUAAGAUUGAUGCCAAGAUUAAUGAGGUCAAACAACUCCAAUCUCAGAUACUCAACAGUGCUAAGGUUGAUUCGACCCAGCAGGCGCAGAUGGACGAUCUUAUGGCCGAGAUCAAAAAGAUGGCGAAUAGUUGUCGAUCCAGAUUGAAGAAGAUGGAACAGGAGACGGAUACUGAGGAGAAAGGUCGAGGCGGAGCUACGGCGGAGAUUAGGAUCAGGAAAACACAACAUAUGGGAGCAUCAAGGCGGUUUGUGGAGGUUAUGACCGAGUACAAUAGGAUACAGGUGUCGUACAGGGAGGAGAGUAAGGGAAAGAUAGCUAGACAGCUUGAGAUUGCUGGUCAAACAGCUACUGAUGAGGAGUUGGAGCAAAUGCUUGAGGGAGGUGGAGGUGCCCGCCUGACCGGGCAUAUUCAGAUAGAGGGAAAUGAAGACCAACUACGUGCAACCAUCAAUGAUAUUGAACAAAGACACGAGAUGUUCAUGAAGCUGGAACAGAGCAUCAAGGAGUUGCACGAGAUGUUCAUGGAUAUCGCCAUGUUGAUAGAGAACCAGGGGGAGAUGGUCAACAGAAUUGAUGCCCAUGUUGAGAGUGCUGUUGAAUACACUACGCGCGCCACCAACGACACCAAGAAGGCGCUUGAAUAUCAGAGUAAAGCGCGUAGGAAGAAGAUAAUGAUGCUCUUGUGUAUGAUCAUUGGUGGCAGUUUGGGUACCUAUAUAGGUCUCAAAUAUCUGGGAUUUGUCUAAUCAUGUUUAAAUUCAGGUUAUUACAUCUUUUUUUGGUUUGCUGAGAGGCCUUUUUUACAGAUCGCUAUUACUUUGAAGUUUAAGAUUAACAAUUUAGUAUCAUCCAAAUUUGUAAAUUUUAUAUUUUGCAAAGUUUUAGAUUUGAAACUCUUAAAAAUUUGAAAGCCUACUUCAGACUUCAAAUAAAUUUUUAAGCUUAAAUUGAAAGAUCGGGAACAAUAUUAUUAUUUGAUCUUUUAAAAGAAAUAAUAUAUUUGAAAAUUGUUUAGUUAUUGCUAACGGUUGUACAUUUAAUUUCAGUUAUUAGUAAAAGGCCUCGUACAGCUAAUAGUCUCUGAAAAUAUUCCGUUAAAGUUAUUUUGAGAAGAAGAAACCAUUUGCUUGAUUGGUCCUAACUAUGCAAAGUUUAAGCAACGUUUAAAAAAUAAAUAUGGCGGUAAAAACAAGAACUUAAGGAAUCUCACCCAAUAUAUCUCAUAAUCUUAAAUACUGUAGAACUAAAAGUUGUUUACUAAGGAUUUUCUUAUUCUAUCCACUGUGUGAUUUUAUCUAUAUAUAGCUAGAUCUUUCUUUAGAGCAGUCAGUCGUAUUUGUGAACAAUCUCCCGCAUUUACAGUCCUCAGUCAUGAGAUUUUAAUACAAACAACAGUUUAUUGACAAAUUCUUCCUAAAUUUUUCUAGAACUUUUCUGGGAUAGCCCAGUAGUUUAUGUGUAGUUUAUGCUUGACGCGGAUUUUUAUCUAUGUUUAAUUUUCCUUAAGAGAAAAUGCGCACAUGAUUGUGUGCGCAUAAAUGCAGGAGAAUGCCGCACACAAUACUCUAUUUAAAUUCCAAUGUUAUGAAUGAUAUAUAUUCUCACAAUGUUUAAAUGAUCCAGUUCAUCUUUUUAAAUAAAUAUAGUUAAAAUUUUGA